AUGCUCUCUCGAAGAUUCAGUCGCCGCUUCGCUGCCGUCGCUGCCGCUAUCGGGCUCCUCUGCUUAUACUACCUCGUCUCCUUGCAAUCUAACCUCCCGCAACGACGAUCCCGCCCCAGCGCCGACGCCGACGCCAAUAUCCAAUAUGCCGGCGAACCCUCUACGGGAUGCCCGCCUCUCCCAGGCAUUGAGGAUAUUCUCGUCGUGAUGAAGACAGGUGUCACCGAAGCUCGACAGAAAGUCCCGAUCCAUUUCAAGACCACCCUCAGCUGCAUCCCGCAUUACGUGAUCUACUCCGACUUCGAGGAGGAGAUCGAGGGUGUUAAGAUCUACGAUGCAUUGAGUACCAUUGACUCCGGUGUUAAGAUGCGUGUGCAGGAUUUCGACAUCUACAAUCGGAUCGCUGGCAAAGGGCGCAAAGGUCUGGAACAGGAGGACUUCGCCGAUGAGGACAACACCAACUUUGGAAAGCCAAAUAACCCGGGAUGGAAAUUGGACAAAUGGAAGUUCCUGCCUAUGGCGCAGGAGGCACUGAAGUACAAGCCCGACGCCAAGUGGUUUGUCUUCAUGGAGGCCGACACCUACCCCUCUUGGCCGACCCUACUCACCUGGCUAGCCAAGUUCGACCACAAAAAGCCAUACUACCUCGGCACCGAGACUCAGAUCGCAGAUGUCAUCUUCGCCCAUGGUGGCUCAGGCUUCAUGCUCUCCAACCCAGCUCUCACAAAAGCCUCCGAACAAUACGAGUCGCGCCGCGCCGAGCUCGACGACUAUACAGACGGACACUGGGCUGGCGACUGUGUCCUGGGCAAGGUUCUAGCCGACGCAGGCGUCAACCUACACUUCACCUGGCCGAUUCUACAAAACUCCAACCUCGGCGAACUAGAAGAGUUCACAACAGAACUAUACCGUCAACCAUGGUGCUAUAUAGCCGUCGCACUGCACCACCUCAAAGCUGAAGAAAUCGAAGAUCUCUGGAAAUACGAACAAAAACGAUGGCACGAAAAAAACAAACACCUCCUUCUCCACAGCGACCUGUUCCGCGAAUUCAUCUACCCCGAAAUGGCCAUCUCCCCAACCCGCUUAAACUGGGACAAUUUAUCCGGUGAAGAACAACCUUUUGCAACAAGCUUUGAGGAUUGUCGCGAGAUCUGUGACGUCCAAAAGACCUGCGUGCAAUUCAGCUUCCGCGACAACACUUGUUUCACAAGCAGCAGCCCACGCCUUGGCAGCUCGCAUCGUGAGGCGGCAUCGGGCUGGCUAACAAGCCGGAUUCGGAAAAUGAUGGAUAAAAAGGGGUUGUGCAGAGCGCCCGAGUUUGGGGAUACUUCUUGA